AUGGUAUUUCAAUUCAUCAUAAAUGAUAGUCUUUUAAGAAGGAGUAUUCAAUUAGUUCAAAAUAAUCUCCAGAAUGCAAAUCAUGAUUAUUUACAAGUUGAGACACUUCCUAGUUUUAGAGAAAACCGACAACUUUAUGAAGUGGAUUUUGGUUCUGUUGAAGAUUCCAGAAAUGAAGACUUUAAAGGUUUACGAAAGGAGAUAGCUCUUCGCUUACGCUGCUUUCAUCAUUAUGUUGGUAAUAGGGAUAUAUUACAGGCCAAUGGAAACCACUAUGAAGUGAUUUUAGAGCCCCCCUUUACGCCUUCAUUUCUUCUUGAAGACUUCAUAUCCGAGUUUUCAAGAGAACUUAUUCUGGAAUCUGGUAUUGUUGAUGGUAUCAAUGAUAUUAUUAAAAAUGUGAAAAGCGUUUUUGAUUAUUCACAACUAUUUGUCUUACCCUUUCCACCUCCCAUUUAUCAAGUGGGUGGUGACCACGACUCGAGGCCAACGAAGAAGCAAAGAACAACCAAUCAACUCAAUACAAACGACCCAGUACGAAGCAAUUCUUUCACACUCACUAGAGGAGCUUUUGAAUCAUUUCGUCAAAUUCAAGCUGUUGUGAUAGAUGAAAAUAACCAAGACAUACAAGGUGAUGUGAUAGAUGAAAAUAACCAAGACAUACAACCAGUAGGGAUACACUUUGUAGCGCAAAUUGGUUCAAUCCAAACUGGAAUCAUGCCUCAUAUGAUUCGAAACGAGUCAGAUGUUACUCGACUUGUGAAAACUGCUAUUUUAAAUCCCGUGCGUAAAUUAUUAUCGCAAGACUAUUCGGGAUUGGCAUUAAGGCCACAGAGGUACGGUAUGAAAUUAUCCAUUCCUGAUUACAGUUUUAAAGUUAAAAUUGGUGAAUCAAUCUUUUUAAUUCCAGUUGAAUUAAAGCUGUCAGGUGUAUAUAACUCCUUCAAAAGAAAGGAUACUAGAUUUUCUGAUUUAAUGAAUCAAUCAAUUUACCAGAUGCUUACUUGCAAGUCAUCAAUCAGCUUUGUUUUUGAUAAAGAUUGUAUUAUGGUUAUAAAAUUGGUUCAUGAAAUACCUGAAUUCGCAGUUGAAGAAUUAACUCAAAUAAGAUUAGCCAAAAUUAAAUGCAAUAUUCAAUGUGUUAAAUACAAAGAUAGUAGUCCUGCGGUAAUAUUUUAUAAACUGAUGUUUAGUUAUCUUCUGGGUGCGACUGUAGCUGCCGAAGCUCAAGUUGAAUCUAUAUUUGAAGCCAUGAGAUUGACAGAUGAUGAUAAGACCGCUGUAACCCAAGCUAAAUAUGUGUUUAUGCGAAAUGAGUGGCUCAGUCAAUUCAGUCGUUAUAAGCUAACACGGGGCUAUUAUAUCAGAUAUCAUGAAAGAAAGCAAACUGACAUUAGGAUCCUCGAAGGGGUUUUCAAAAAAUCCUUACUCAAUUUUGAUACUACUAUUAAUCGAGAGGAUUUUGAGGAUAUAACACCCAUUCAAGGUGGGAGAGACAAUACAAGGUAUAAUUCAAAUGUUUUUCGUUUAAAAUACAACAAGGCCCCAAAUGAAAACAGAAGAAUGAUACUCAAAGUGUAUGACCCAGUGUCUGCCACCAUUAAGCCCUCUCAUACCCACAGUUGGUCAUUUCAGAGAGCAUUUGCAUUUUCAUUAUUAUUGUUUUUGAAUGAAUUACGUUGUUACAAAAAAUUGAGAGAAGUUAAUAGUAGAGGGUCACAAGUAGAUAGGCCAUCGUCACUCAUUGGAGCAUCAGAAGCUUUGAAUUAUACUCCAUAUUUGUACCUGUCAGGAUUUAUAGAUUGGCCAAGUGAAAUAAUUGCCGGAAAUAAACAGCCAACGAGAUUUUCAGGCUUUUUCCUUCUCAUGGAAGAAAUAUCACGAGAUUUUCCUGAGACAGAAGAGGAAUAUCAACGAGCAGCAGCUCAAGCGUUGCAAAGCAUUCAUGCCAUAGGAUUGCUACAUGGGGAUGUAAUAGCUCGGAAUUUCCGAUAUGAUGCUUCCAGGCAGAGAGUUAUUUUCUUCGAUUUUGGUCUGUCUAGCUACACCAAUAGAAAACCGAAUGCUUUGAUUGCUGUGAGUGAUAAACAAAAGAUUUAUGAACUUGAUAAGUUAAGAUUUGAAGUGUCAAAGGCAUUUAGAAAGAGGCCUAUUAGACCUGUUAGAGAUAAUAAUUUAAUAGUCUAA